AUGCCCUUCGUCAGCGGCAAAGCCUCAUCGAUCUUUGCUGUUGGAGCCAAAACAUGGAGACCCAAAACGGCCGACCAACAGUUCCUCGAAAGCCAACGGAAGAGGAUGGCCGAGGAAGAACAGAUGAAAAAAAUCGAAGUCCAGCAGAGGAUAAAAACACUCGAUCAAGUUCGUAAGCUGGAGGAAAAAACUCAGGCCCUAAAUGAGUUGGCCUUAUCGGCUGAGCUGAAAGCUAAAGAGCAUGAAUUGGCUUUGCGCGAACGUCAAGUCAACGAAGCCAAGCACCUCGAGAUAGCGAAGCUUGAGCUGGCCAAGCGCGAAGGUCGUGAAUCUCUUAGUGAAGCCGAUUUGGCUAGAAUAAAAAAUGAAAGGUUGAGGACCGAAGCUUUGGCUAGAGCAGCCAGGGAUCACGCCGUCCGAGAAAAUCACCGGCCGGUGACCCCAGUCAGUAUGGGCCCGAGUAGAGUCCAUGUCCCACCCCCACCACCAGCCCUGCAUCCUCUACCCGCACAGCACCGCCCCCCUUCAGCGCAAUCCAUGCACAGAGUCCACCAGCCACCUUCCAGAAUCCCUUCCGGGCACAUGCCAAACGCCUCAAUGGGCCAUAGACUUGGUCCUCCCGAACCUGCUGCUCGAAUGCGUCGAAUGUCCGAAAGCCUCGCCCACCCUCCCCCAGGAAUCGGCCGUGCUUCACUGGGAGUUUCAAACCAUCCACCCCGCGGGCUCGGUCAUGCCCCCUAUCCCAGCUCACACGCUCGACGACACAGUGGAAAUAUCACUGCCGAAAUGGCUCUGCGGGCCCAAGCGGAACGACUUCGAAGAAGAAGGUUAGAGACCCUUGACCUCAAAGCUAGGCAACAUAACUUGAAAGUACAAGCAUUGCGAGACCUCCGAAAGCGUGAAUUGGUCGCUGAGCUACGAGAGCGUGGCUUGCAACAACGAGAGAUCGAGACCCAAGUCACUUUGCAAGCGGAACGAGAAAGGGCUUUUACUGAAGCCCAACUUCGCGAGAUACGAGACCGAGACCAUCGACUGAAAUUGAAGGAAAAGGGCUUGCAGGAGAGAGAAAUCCUUGACCACCUCCGCAGAAGGCAAGAGAAUGACCGUGAAGCCUUGCGACGAGAGCUCGAACUGCUCGAGCAUCAGCUGCAUCGCAAAGAGAUCCUCGAAGCCGAGUUGUCAAUCAAACGGGCGAUGGAGAAGGGUGAAUCGCCUCCCAUGGGCAUCGGUCGACCCUCUAUCGAAGAGAUCGAGACCGAAGGUCUCCUCAAUGACCUCUAUGACGACUUCGACAUGAUGGCUCACCACCUGCGUCACGAUGCCAUAUCGGACAGCGCCAUGUCGGCAGAAUACAGACCACGCACACCCUCUGGUUUCGCCAGUGUAGGCUCUCGUACCCCGAGCAUCAAUCCACACAUGCAAAUGUCGAGUGUCGGCCACCUUACUCCACACCUUAAUCAUCAAGUUCCACCCAUGAUGGGACAUCAGGCUCAUGGCCGUCUUCACGAAGAGCAGAUGAGGCGAAACGAAGAGAUUCACAUGCGUCAGGAUUUACUCAACGCAGCAGCCAGGACGCCCUCCAUCCGACACCGAGACGGUCUAUCUCGACAAGCCACUCCACAGCCUCAUCGCGAUGCCCUGGAUGCUAACAGGCUUAGUGUUGGGGGCAGAGCGACCCCACGCAUGCGCGCCGAGGAGGUCCUCGGCGAUAACCUCACCCGAACACCCGCCCGCUCGCGCAGUCAAAGCUUUGAUCAUCGCCGUCCCUCAAGCGCUGCCAUGACCGCCCGGGACCGUGAAGAAUCUCGCAGUAGGGCCCGCGAGAGCAGCAGGGUCCGCGAGAGCAGCAGGGCCCGCGAGGAAUCUAUGAGUCGAGCUCGUGAACCAUCUCGCAGCAGGCACAACUCUCAAUUAUCUUUGAACCGGGAAGAUAUCGCCUCGAUCGCCCGAGCCGAAUCUAGAGCAGCUCUUAGGGAAGAAUUUGGAGCCCUUGAACGAGAAAAGGAGAAGGCGGAAAAGAAGGCGCUCGAGUCCCAACGCUUGCGAGACGAAUUGAGGGCGAGGGAAGAACACAAUCGCUUGAGCUCCGGAUUCACUCAUCUGAUGGCCACUCCAUCGAUGAGUCAGAUGGGCACUCCAUCCAUGGGCCAUCAUCACGCCAUGCCCAAUCAAUCCAUGGCCCAUCAUACGAUGCCAAAUCAAUCUAUGCCUCGUCAAAUGACCCCAGCUCCCUCUGUAGGCCAUCAAAGAACACCGAGCAUGAUGGACAACCUAGAGCCCAACUACUACCACGAUGCCCAUCAUCUAGAUGUGCAUGUCCGGCCAUCCUCGAGAGCUAGCAGUCGAGUCCACGACUUCGAUUCCAUCUCCCGCCCGGCGUCUAGAGCUGGAAGUAUUCGUGCUGAUUAUAGUCCCAUGCAGCCGCGACUAGGACUCCCGAGCCGCCCAUCAUCCCGAAACCUGACUGCUGAAGAUCUGGGUCUUCAAUUCGAGCGAGAAUCUACGGACCGGAUCCUAUCAGCCAACCUCGAAAGUGCGGCGUUGAACAGCGAAAUCAAUGGCGGAAGAAGGUCGCGGGCCAACAGUCGAUUAGAGCCGAUGGAUGGCGACUAUCUCCACACCGAUCGCGGCCAUUUGGCUGCAGAGCUCGGCGGGAUGAACUUGAACGGUGGCCGGUCCCGCGCAAACAGCCGGACCGACAUGCCUGGCGAAGAUUUCUUGCGCAGUGCGCGGAGUCAACUUAGCCACGACUUCGACGCAAGCAGCGGUAUGGCUGGCAUGCAUUCUCGGUCAAACAGUCGUGUCGGAUUGUCAAACGAAGGGUUGUCACCCAACCUCCGCCGCGACCACCUUGGAUCCGAGCUUGCUAACACGGGUGGCCGACGAUCAAGGGCCAGCAGUAUCACCCAGCCGCAUCUAUCGGGCUCAAGUUUCCAGUCUGAGAGUGAACUGAACGGGAACUUGGCGGGUCUCGGUCGGUCACCGCGUGGCCAUGCGCAACCAGAUCUCUAUGGGGCUCAAAACGGACUGGGGAAUCUAACCCACGAUGAAUUGUCCCAAUUGAGCACGGAACAGUUGGAACUGAUUCUGACUGGGCAAGGUGAUCGGUCACCGAUGGGCAACGCGACUUCGCCUUGGGCAGGGACCAGAGGGAAUGAGCGACUAGCGCCUGCCGAUGAGCUCGGUACUCGCCACAGCAGACACGAGAGCGGCUCGAUGGGCGGGAUGAGCAAUAUGGACGUCGGCGAUAGCCGGGGCCAUGCCCGCCGUAGCUCGCGUCUUGGCGUUGAAGACUCGCCCCUAUUUGGCGAUCCACGCGAUUACCACAGCCCGAUCGACCCCCCGCGGCCUCUCAGCCGGGCCGAGACGACGAGCAGCCGACAGUACGGCGGGCCAAGCACUCUGCAACGCUACGACCAUCAGCCCUCAGAAGCGUCGCUGAUCCGCUCGCGCCUCAACUCGCCCAACACGGCCUCGUCGGCCUACAACCCGGCCUACCAUGACCCAUACCUCCCCGGGAACGGAUACCCGCUCGACGACGGCCAGCCGGGCCGCUUCGACUCCGAGUGCGGAUACCUGGACGAGGACGACUUCAUCAUCACCGAGAAGGCCGAGCAGCCUGGCGCCAGGAUCCUCCGCAGACUCGGCCCCGUCGAGGCUAGCUCCAGAGCCUCGGCUUUCGCCGCCCGCUACGACGAGAUCAAUGACCGUCAAGAUACCCACCAAGCCGUCAAGAAUCUGAUCACCGAGGCUAACCAACGCGGGGCGAACGGCGUCGUUUCUUUGCGCGUCUGUGAUGCGCCCGACGGCGGCUACAUCGCCACCGGCGAGGCUGUUUUUCUGGAGACCAUUUAA